AUGGCAAAUAACGCAGAAUACCGAAACAGGAUCUCGCAGGAGCUACUGUACAAGACUGGCGACUUUCGAGCGUACUUCAGGGUCUACGACGAGUUGUUCCAGUUCAGCAUUGGAAGGCGUCUCGUCCAAAUUGAGCACCCCCUGGAACCAAACCACAAGCCAAUCGACCAUGAGGCUAUUCUGACCGGCACAAGAAUUCUCAAAACCAAUCCUGCGAUUACACUGGAUGGCGCUAGGAAGGAAUUGCGGGCACAGCUCACAGGGCGCUACACAGAAGACGAGGUUACUUUUGCCAUGAAUCUCUCAGUUCAAGCCAUGUUGAUGAUCGACUCCGCUGUGAACCACUACCGCAGUCCUGACUAUAGCAUUGGGAGAUACAGCAAUAUCUCGUGGCGCGACAACGAGAGAUUUGUUGACUAUGUAAUCCAAGACAAGCGUGCUUUGAAAGCCUGGAAACUCAAGGAGAGGGCCGGCAUCACAUUCAAGGCCACAAACAAUUUGGUUGAUCACCUGCUCUUUGAUCCGGCUACUCGUAUCGUGUACCUGUUCCAUCACUCAGCGUACAUCAAAGCUCACCUGGACAUGUGGCACCAGAAGGGUGCCACGGCUUGCAAGAAUCUUGGACAUGCGCAAACGCUAGAAAGCGGAACCUUGUGUCCUGAAUUGCUGGUCGAAACCCUCCACUCCCUGCAGUCUGUCCUGUUCCGCUACGACGACAAGAGGUCCAUGGAUAUUCUGAGACAGCUGGUCAAGAGAGAUAGUUUUGACGAGACCUGUUCAGUCCACGAAGGGUACCGGAUGUUCCAGGAUUCCAUCCAGGACAUCAGAUAUCUCUAUUGGGGAGAGAGGCUCGCGGUGCUCUAUGAUCUGACUCGCAACCGGCCCCCAAGAACCCGCUUUGAGAAGUGGAUCAGGUGGCAGACCUCUGAGAGCAAUGCUUUUAUGGUCGCCAUGCUUGCCCUCCUCAUUUCCAUUGUUGUAGGGGUUCUGUCGCUAGGAUUGUCGGCAUUCCAGGCAUGGAUAGCUUGGCAGGCAUGGAAGUACCCUCCCAAAGAUCCAGCAGCUCCUGAAGCAACGUUGACUGGCCCUAUAUGACGAAGGUUUGGUGGAGGCUUGGUUGGGCCAAUGUAGAACUGACCCCAAUCCUCGAAGGCAAGUGAUUCUUGCAGUAGGAGCCGCUACUAAUAAAAAAAA